CUUCAGAUGCAGCAUGAGGCGGCAGGAAGACCGACGACACACCGACUGAUCCGAGCCCGCAGCCCACCCUACAGCGCUCCAAACCCGGCUGCUGCUGCUCCGAGGACCCCCGCUGCGCCGGACCCCCGGACACCCUGAGGAGGGAGACUUUACCGAACCUGCAGGCGGCUGCAGAGGCGCGAGGAGCAGGCUGAGACGCCGCCCCGCACACAGGUGAGAGGGGGGAAACUUCAGCCUCCUCCAGGUGCAGAGACCCGGACCCGAGCGCGGCUUUACGCACACUUGUGGAGAGUUAUGGAUCUGUGGGGGCCCCUGGGAGUCUGAGCCCCCCUGAAGGAGGACGAGGACUAAGAGGACGCCGAUUUGUUCCGAUCUUCUUCUUCUUCAUCAUCUUCCUCACAGCUCCAGGUUCUUACAAUGUUCCAGCACAGCAACAACAAGAAAUGCUUCACCAUCGAGUCUCUGGUGGGGAAGGAGGCGGUCAGCCACGGCGGCGGCUCCGGGGACGAGCCCAUCCGGCCCACGGCGCUCCGCUUCCCGGAGUCCCUGCAUCCCGCGGCUGCAGCAGCCGCCGCAGCCGCCGGGGUCUUCGGGCCGUGCUUCCAGGGGAGCAGCGGCAGGACUCUGUACUCCGCCGGGCCGGACAUGGUGCUCCAAGAGCCCGGGACACACGCGCAGAGCCCCGGAGGAGCGCUGCCGCUGCACCCGCUGCAGAUCCCCCCGCAGAGCUUCUUCAGCCCGCAGCACCGGGAGGCGCUCAGCUUCUACCCGUGGGUGCUGCGGGGACGGUACCUGGGACACCGCUUCCAAGGUGAGGAGGGGGGAGCAAGGAGGGACGGAGGGGAGGGAGGGUGUGUUUUUUAUUUUUUAACGAAAUGACAAAAUUCUGAGAUAGUUUUCUGGGAAGUUUGGCGCUCAGCUCGGUUCGGUUUUCUCUGUUUUCUGGUUCAGAUUUUUAUUUUGAUCAUUUUAGUUUCAUGCUGCAGACUCCGGGUGAGUUUGUGAUUCCUCAGGGAUGAAGAAAAGAGACAUUUACAGCAGAAACACACAGAUAGAUACUGAACUCUCCUCUUUAUUUUGCUGCUCUGGUUGAUCGUUUUUUGCUCGGAGGGCCUAAAGAUGAGAGAAAAUCGAUUAAACAGCUGAUAGUUCACGGAAAACUGUUCGAUAAUCAAUGAAAGUGAAAUUUUCAGCUCUGUAGAGAGAAAAUGAUGAAUAUUCAGAGUUAAAAUCUGCAGUUUGAGUCUGAAUUUAUUGGUUCAUUUUGCAGAAUAUUUUCGCUGAGGAAGAUUUUUUACCCUCUUUGCUGAAUCUUUUCUGUCAGAUUUAUGAAUUUAUCACAAACACUUUGAUUUUAUUCUUUUAACUCUUUAUUUAAAAACAGCAGCACAGGUUCUUCUUCUUUAACUCCUUUAUUCUUUUUUUCUGGAUCGUUUUUUUCUCUUUUUAUCCGGAUUCAUUAAAACUUUUUCACCACCACCACCAUAGAGUCAUUAUACAAACUAAAUGAUUAAAAAUCUUCUCAGGAUUUUUAAUAAUUUCUCUUUUAUUAUUUAAGUCAGUUUAGAAUUUCUCCAGCAGCUCCGGUGACCUCUGACCUUUAUCAAUAAUAAUCAUAAUCAAUAACUAUCUCUAGUUUUCCCACCAGGCCUGCUGCAGUGAAGCUCAGCUGUGUUUGCAAGUAAAUAAUCAUGUUAGAGUCAUAAAUCUGCCCUCUUUCAACUGGACUUUUAUUUUCUUGAACGGUUUCUGCUGAGUCAUGAUUUUAAUGAUCGGUUUUUAUAUUAAUCGGUUAAUAUUGAUCUCAAACCGAUCAUCGUCUCUGUUCAGACUUUUUCUCUUCACUGAGGAGGAAACAGAAACUCGGAUUAUUGUGAAUUUAAACCUUUUUACAGUUUCAGAGUUUUUCUGGAUUUAACUCUCAGUAAAUUUUCCCUCCGAGUUUAAUCGAGUCUGAUGAAGAUGAAGAUGAAGAUGAAUCGGAAAAGACUCGGUUAUAAAAGUCAGACUUAUUUAAAAAGAGGAGAGUUCAAGUUCAGCUGAAAGUUUGAGUCACUUUACUGGAAAAAAAGGACAAAAAAAACUUUAUUUUCAAUCCUCAGACAGCAGCGAGUUUCAGCCUUAAUUUAACAUCAAAGUUUACCGGAUGUGUUAAAAUCGUAAAAUAACUAAAUAAUUAAUUUAAACAAAUUAAAAACUAAAAAGGAAAAACCUGGUAAAGUUGUGAAAUCCACGUGACGAUCCCACAGAAGGAAAAGUGACUCAGACAGAAAAGCAGCUGAACGUUUUUUCUUCCUGUUCAUCCGGAUUCAUGAGAAAGUUUUAAUUUUAAUUUGGCGCCAACAAACUUCUCCAGCCUCACGCGCUCAGAUGAAGACGAUUAAUCGUUGAUAUCCGGUCUUAAUGUAAUUAUUUUUACCGUAAAGUCAUUCCGAUAUUUCAUUUGAGUCGAUCAUCUCUGUAGAUUUAUGACUCUAAAGGAAAUAAACCUGAAAACGAGCAGAAACAGAAACAAUAAAAACAGCAGAAAAGAAAUCAAUAGAACUAAAGUUUGAUAAAGACGAAUUCAGACACGAGCUUUUAUUUAUGUAGCUGUCCGAAAAUGAGUGAGAAGACAGGAAAAUAUAACAGUGAACAACAAAACCCCAAAAUAAGGUGAACUCUGUAUUCAUAAAAACAUAUAAAAAUAACCUGCUGUGAAUAAACUCGAACCCUCCUUCUUUCAUUAAUGAGAAUAUAUUUAAUCCUGUUUAAUCUGCUCCAAUUAAAAUCAAUUAACAUGAGAUUAAAAACUGGAUUAAUGAUGUUUCCAUAAAUAGAGGAUCAUAUUUCAGAACACAAAUGACCCCAUGCAGUAAUAAUCAGAAUAAAUGUGAAAAUGUAUAAAAAUAUCAAAAUAAAGGCGGAAAAACUAAAAGGUGAUUUAGAGGAAACCUUUAAGACUUUACGCCUCAAUUAAAAUAUAUAAAUGGGGAACAAAAACAGAAGAAAUAUAUUAGAUUAAAAAGUUGAACUCGCUGAAAAAAGAGUUUUAAUUAAUCAGAGAGGAGGCGAGUCUUCCAACUGAUUUAAUUUAAUGUUUUAUUUUCUUCAACUUUAACGUCAGAUCAGCUGAAAUAUUAGAAAAAACCUUCACUCAGAGUCUGUGGGAAUUAAAUAUCUGACUGAAAUGUUCGUUUUAUUUCUUCAGUUUUAUUUUAUUUCUCCGACAGCUUCACUUAUUUUUUAAAAAAGACGUAAAAAUUGAAUCAAAUCAGAAUUUUUUCAAACAUUUUGACUCCAAAUUCAGGAGCGACUGAGGAGUUAAAGGAGCUGUUAAACACUCAGAAUAUUAUAAAGAAACUCUCUAAUAUUUACGUUUAUAAAAAUAUAAAAUCCUUCAUGUUUGUCAGAUUAAUAACCUCCAAUAAUUUAAACAAUCAGUGGAUCAAUAAAAGAGAAUCGAUCAGAAUGAUUUUCCACCUUCAACAGUAAAAAACUGUUUUUUCAUGAACAAAUUUACUCUUUUAUGACAGAAAUUAACUUUAUUAACUUUAUUUUGAAAGUCUCGCUCAUAGGUUAAAAACUUAUUAAUGACCUUUGACCUCUGCUGGAGCACACCUGUCUGAGUAAAUGAAGCAGGUUCAAUUCUGACAAACUUUAUUGACACAGGAUGACGCAGCGGUCAGUCGUCAGGAACAUCAGCUGUGCUGCAGUGAGAUAUUAACGAUUAUUACUGUUAAUAAGUGACUUCCUUUAUGAUCUCUUUAUUUAUAAAAGACAUUGAAAAACGUCUGGAAAAGCCGUGAAGGUCGGUUAUAAAGAAAACCUUCAGAUUUUAAUAAAAACAAACACGUCGUCCUUUUUAAUAAUUUCAGUUUAGAUCAAAUAUCGGCCGAGUUUGAAACAUGGAAAUGAUGUUUUUAAGAUCUUUUAAAACUUAACACUUUCCUCUGAAGUAUCUGCUCAAACUUUUGUUACAAUUUUUAAAAUAUCUAAAAAAAAAAGUAAAAAAAAAAAACGACAAAAUGAACAAGAAUGAACCAAAUAGAAUAAAACAGAAAAUAAUUUAAAUAAAAUAAAAGAAGCUUAAAAACGUCUUUGAUUAUUAAUAUUGAAUAAGAUCACCAUCAUGAUGUUCUGAAUCAACAGUCAAAGAGCUGUUUUAAAAGCACUUAAGCCCACUCCAUCAGCAGAUAAAAAACACUUAAGUCUCUGUUUAAAUAAGAAGAACAUGUUUCUAAACCUGCGGCCGUGGACCCUGAGGGGGCCGCGGGGUUUCUGUCAGAGGGUCCCAGCAGCAGGACUCUGUUGGAGGCCUGUAGAUACCUGUCAGUGCUUCACACACACACACACACACACACACACACACACACACACACACACACACACACACACACACACACACAGCUCUUCACCUGUCAGAUUAAAGGCUCGUGGGUCUUUGGGGUCUUUUGUGCGGCGGCUGUAAAAACACUCGUCUCCGUGUGAAAGUCGUUUUUUUGUGAAUUUGAAGUUGAAAAGAUUUGAAACUGCUCCGGGAUCAGUGAGAACGUUUGAUGUUUUUGUUGUGGGAGAAUCUACGGAGCGCAGCAGGAGACAAAAACAGGAGGGACUGUUACCUUCAGAUCAAUUCUGUUGAACGAAGAAGUCGAGAGUGUUUUUAUACGACACAAACUGCCCUGAGGGGAAAUUUACCGUUAAGGAAGCGUACUGUCUCAUAUCAUCACAUAUAACACUCUAUCAUUUUAUACCAUAAAUACACAUGAGACUGCUCAGUGUUUUAUGAAAGUAUAUCACAUCUGAUGGAGUUGUAUCGUCUCACACAGUAACAUACUGUAGUCAUUAAGACUUUCAUACUCUAUUACUGUAACUUACUGUGUUUUACCAAAAUAUGAUAAACAUCAUACAUCAUAUCAGGUCACACCCUGGGUUAAUAUAUUAUAUCAUAUUAUAUUAUAUUAUAUUAUAUUAUAUUAUAUUAUAUUAUAUUAUAUUAUAUUAUAUCAUAUUAUAUUAUAUUAUAUUAUAUUAUAUUAUAACAUAAAAUGAAGGUAUAUCGUUUAAUCUCACGGUGUAUGAUAUUAACCAUAGCUUGGUGUCUCAUUUAACUAAUACUGCAUUUACAUACAGCAUCAUGUUAUAUUCAGUCAAAUAGUUUAUUUAUUGCACAGAAUAUACGAUAUUGUUUAACAUUUUACUGUAUCUGAUAUUUGCAUUGGACAUUUUUUAACUGAGAUAAUUACAGAGAAUUAAAAUAAAUUAAAAGACAGAUUUACAGCCGAGGAGAACAGCACUAAAACGACAACAAAGCAAAAACAAAACUACAGUAAAAAAACAACAAAAAUAACAACACUAAAAUAACACAUAACAAAAAUAAAACUGUAGUAAAACAAAAAUAAAACAAAAAUAAAAUAAAACUGCAGUUAAAGACGGGGAAACUGCAGAAAGUUUCUUUUUUCAGUCAGAACUUUUUGCAGCUAAACAUUUUCUUCAUAAAUCAGUUUUUUGUCAAAAUUCCAGUCAGAUGAAUUUUUAUUGUCUGUGAGUUAAAAAUGUUCAGUUUGACACCAGAGAAGAAGAAAAUCAGGAGUUUUUCUUAAAGGUCAGAAUCAGAGUUUUCAUGUUUAAUUUAACAGUAAGUUACCGUUUUAAUGUAAAUCUUCACUCAUCUACAGCCGUGUUAGUGUGUUUAUAUCAAACAGAGGGACUAUUAAGGGACUAUUUCCUGCGGCGGAUUAACACUCAUCUGUUGAUCUGUAGUAGGAAAUAACUGUGUGGAGAGUGUACGAAGUGCAGAAGUGCAGCAUGAAUGGUAGAGCUGAGUUACCUGUCUCUCUCUCUCACACACACACACACACACACACACACACACACACACACACACACACACACACACACACACUCUCAGACACAUUUUUAUUCAUUACCUGGAAGCCGCUGACAGCCUCCAUCAGAUCAGUGUCUCCUGUUUGUGGGCCUCCUUUUGUUCCUCUCCUCUCCUCUGAGAGUGUUGUGAUAGUUGGAGCUCCUCUGAAGGAGGAGGAGGUGAAGAGGAGGUGAAGAGGAGUCACUCACUCUUCACACAGGUUACUCCUCUGUUUUAAUUUAAGUGUCGUUUAGUUUUUACUCACUUUUUAAAACCGAAGCAGUCGUUCGAUCGCUCGCUCUCCAACACCGUCAGACUUUAAAGCGUCCUCCUUUUUAACAGAAGUACGGUGGCCCUGAAGGUCAACUGCACAAACAUUUCAUGACCACUAAAAAUCAAUUCAUGUCACACAAAUUCAUUUUAUUAAAGGCUGACACAAACGCUGCAGGAGCAAAAAUAUUUUAUUAAACAGAAAAAAAUAUUUUUAAAACACGUUUGCAUUUUUCUAAUUUACCAUUUAUUUAUCGGGUUGUGUUUGAGUUAGAGGUGCGUAAAAAGUUUUUGUGUUAAGAAAUAUUUUUUCAUGUCUUGAAUUUUUUUUUAAUUUCAUGAAUUUUUGAAAAAUUUUCUUUCACAUUGAAGUUUUUUUUUUAUUAUUUUUUUUAGCUCUGCCUGAAAAGUUUUUUGUGUUUGUUGAAACAUUUUUUACACUUUAAAAUAUUUGUUGCACAGGGAUUAUUAUUUUUUUUGCAUUUCCUGAAAUAAAUGUAGAUGUUUUAUUAUCAUUAUAAGAAGAUGAACAAAAAUUUAAUGAAAAGUUUUUGUUUCUGUAAAAUAUUUUUACAUUUAAAAAAAUGCUUCAGCGUUUGGAGAAAAACCUUUUUAAACUGAUUUUUUUUAAUGACUGUUUUGUGAAUUAUUUUUGGCGUUUGUGUAGUUGACCUCGUGGGCCACCGUAGCUCAGGGCUCCUCUCUCUGAGGUUGUGUUCCCUGCAGCAGCUGUGCGUUAAUUCAGACUUUAACUUCGUUUUAAUGAAAUAAACUCAAACAAAGACCCGACCUCAGAGUCAGUAAACGGGUCAUUGUGGUCUUCACGCUCUGAGGUCAGUCUGGACUUCCUCAGAUCCGGUCCAGUCUCACCUCUGGUCCCCGUUCUCUGGGAUCGGAGGUUUUGUGAGUCGCUGAUUUCUUCUGUAUUUUGUUUCCGUUUCCUGAUGAAGUGACUCGAACGCUGCUCACAGGACUGUGAGGGUUUCUCUCUCGCACACGCUGACAGGUCUGGACUUGUUUUCAGUGCCAGGGGAGCCUGAUGUACCAUCUGCCCCUCUCCUCCUCCUCCUUUCCUCCUUUCCUUCCAUCCUUCUCUCCUCUCUCACUCCCUCCUCUGUGACAGACCGUAUCAGUAAAUCCUCUCCAGGGUCAGGGUUUUAAACGCGUCAUGGGUCCUCCAGUCACGGUUCAGGACAGGUAGAACUGUCUCCGCCCUCUCUUACCUGUGGUGUCCCUCAAGACUCUGUUCUGGGCCCGGUUGUAUUCUCUCCGGGUCAUCGGGGUCGUGGUUGUCCAGUCCUUCGAUAACUCGAUGUGUGUUUUAAGAUCAGCUGUUUCCGGACGGUUCCUGCUCUCUGUCGUGUUUCUGAGUGUGACGGAGGAUCUUCUCUCGUUACUCUGCGUCUCUGCGUCGUGAUUACCUGCUCCUAGUUUGUCCGCCGUGGCGUUUAAAGGGUUAAAACGCUCUGAGUAACAGUCAUUAGACUCUGACACACGCCGUCUGCAGACAGGAGGUCAAAUAUGAGGGUCAGGGGACGGGGAAGGGGGAGGUCGCCGCGGCGGUCUUUUUAAGUUUCACAUUCACCUGCAGAAGAAGUCAGGUGUUCAACCAGGUAACAUCGUGUUAGGAGUUCAGAAUUCAUGUUUGUAUGAAAUCAGAUUAUCUGCAGCGUGAACAAGGAUCUCAGGUGUACAGUACACAUAAUAAUAAUAAUAAUAAUAAUAAUAAUAAUAAUAAUAAUAAUAAUAACUUUAUUUUUACAGCACUUUUAAAAACAGAAGUUUACAAAGUUCUUUGACAAACAGUCGUAAAGCUCAGAGCAUCAGGACAUGGAAAGAAAGACGAAUAAAAACAAAAGCUCUGAAUUGAAGAACAAUUUCAUUUGUCAUAAAAACCAAGAAAAUACAAGAACCCUACAACAUAAAAUGAGACCAUGAGGACCAGAAUAAAAACAUAAAAAAACACAAAAAAAAAGAAAUGUAAUAAAAAACUCAACUUUAUUUCUGUAACACUUCACAAACAACAAGUUCUUCACAACAACACAGAGAAAAAACAAAUGAACAAACAGACGAAGAAGAAGAAGAAGAGCAGACUGAGUGACGGUUAUAAUAAUAAUGAUAGCUAUAAAAAUAUUGUUUUCAAUCCCAUCACAAUCAUCAUCAUUUAUAUUACAGUAACAAUUAAUAACAAUAAUCAUAAUAACAGUAGCAGCAGCAAUAAUAAAAGGGGGCAGGAAACAGGAAACAGGAAACAGGAUAGUAAAUAUAAAAAAACGACAUUAAUAAUGAUAAUAAAAUAAUAAUGAUGGUAAUAUUAAUGAUAAAAUGGAAUAACAAAAAUGAGCAUUAAUAAAACUAUAAACUAAAUUAGAGGCCUAAAAGGUAAAAUAGGAAAAAUUAUAAGUAAAACAAAAACUAAAAGGACAGGAAGUCGAAAUGAGAUAAAAGAGAUAAAAAGAUAAAAGAUAAAAGAUAAAAGAGAUAAAAAGAUAAAAUAUAAAAGAUAAAAGACAUCAUCACGGAAAAUCAAGUCUGUAAAAGUUUGAUGGACAAAGAUCGAUCAGCUUUAGUUUAGAGUCUCGACUUUUGAACGACCAGGAGGACUUCAGCAGAGGAUCUGAGGCUCAUUAGGAAGUAAAAACUCUGAAGUAUCGAUUAAAAGUAAUCGAUAAAAUCUUAAAAUCAAAGUGAAGGGAGGCUAAAACUGGAGCGAUGUGACGCCGUCGACUAAAACCAGUUAAAAGAUAAAAGCUGCUGCGUUCUGAACGAGUCUGAGGAGGGAGAGAGAUUUCUUCUUUAGACCAGAGAGGAGAGAGGUACAGAAGUCCAACACUGACAAAAUGAAAACAGGUGGAGGAUUGUAGGUUUCAUGUGUUCACCUGUUCAUGUGUUCACCUGUUCGUCUGUCUGAGUCUCUGAAGACGUUAAAUUUGUUCUUUUAGGAGAAAAACUGUUUCUGUAAAUAACGAGGAAAAGUUCGAACGUCUUUUAAAGUUCGUAAACUUCGCUGUAAGUUUUCAGACUCUUCACCGUCUCAUAUUUUUAUUGAUUGACUCUUUCGCUCUCAUCUCCAUCAGGAACAUCAAACCUCCGCGCCCGUCUCUGACCUCUGACCUCUGUUAAACCCUCUGCUGUCGUCACGUCAGAGAAGCGUUACCCAACAGAAACAAACCGUCAUAUUUGCAAUCCGAGCUCCUCUGAGACGUUUGCCAAACCUCCAUCAGUCACGGCUCGGGUUCGAGUUUGCAUAUGAAUAUAUCUUUGAAUCUGCGCUAACGUUGAAUAAAAGGCGUGAGCGUGGCGAGCUGUCUGCACGCCAUCAUUGUCGAAGCCGACAAUAAGCCGCCUCUUUUGCGUGCGUGCGGCUGCUGCUGGGCGCUCCGAACUCGAGCAUGAAUUUGUUUUUAUGUAAAAUCUUCAUAAAAAGAUCGACGUUGGGAAUGAAGCAGAUGUUGGAUGUGGGUUUGAAAAGCGAGGAAACAAAGAAAAAGGCGUUUUAGCGACGCUCUCGCUCCGAUCGACCGCACGCCGACACGCCUGACAAACAAAUGAGCUUCGGUUUUUGAUUUCACAGCUGAACUUUUCCUGCAGCUCAUCUUUCACCGCCGCAGAAACCGAACGCUCUCCUCGGUUUGGCCGUUAGCUUUGGUCGUGAAGUUUUUCAUGUCUGAUAUCUGCGCCCUGAAAAUCCAACUUCGAUUAUUUCGUCUUUCCUGGUUCCUUUAAAAAAGUCGCUUGAUGCAGAGGAUGGUCCGGUAUAUUUGUGUGACACGCCGCUGCUGUUCCAAAGAAACACGCGUUCACUUUGUGACGUGUAUCGUAGCGAACAAAGAACUUAAAGUGCGGUCAACAAAAAUGACGGUGACCUUUGCUCACCUCUCUACGCCAGAGCAGGUGAGACCGCUCCUUAGAUAACCUACCGCCUUUCAAACACAGUGACCACGUGACCUGAAACCAUGGCAACCGGACAAAAGUACGUGAACACAGGUUAACCGAUCAGCAAAGUGACAUGACGGCUCCGACAUCGAUAAACGCGGUUUCCUCUGAAUCGAGUCUCCGACAAAAUCAGGUCGAGAAAAGAAACAGAGAAAAUGUUUGAAUCUGUGAACCGACAGCAAAAGUGUUUUUCUCACAGUGUCAACAGGCCGAGCAGACGCCUCAAUCACUCCGAUAAAUACAGGAUAAAAACCGUGUAACGUGUUCUGGUGUUGGUGGGACGGAGCGUCGGUCUUGUUCUGGUUCUGGACUCUGCAGAGACUCUUAGUCUACGUUCAGACUGCAGGUCUGAUGUUUUAACCAUCUGUGACUCAGAUCUGAUUUUGUCAUCGAAGUGUGAACAGGCGGGGAAAGAACACAUUAGAUGAUCGUUGUUGUAAAGUGAACGACCGCACAAAAAGAUCGGAUUGAACAAAAAAUCGGAAUUGUGGAUCAGAACCUGCAGAGUGAACGUCGACUAAGAGGACUCUGUUUUCUUUUUGACGGCGUUGAGUUUUAGUUAAAGGUCCAAAUGUGAAUUAUUUGUCCUGGAUUCUGACGUUCACAGUCUUAGUUUUCGGUCGCAGGUUGUGUUGAGUUGUGGUUUCCUGAAUAACAGAAAUAAAUGAACAAUAAAUGUAUGAAUAUGACAGGAUUGAAGUGUGACUGUGAGCUAAACACACAUCACACACACACGUGAAAAACAACAACUUCAGGCUGAUUAUUAUGAGACACUUUUUCUGAUUUCUCAUGUUAUGAAAUGUUCUGAUCUGUUUUAUUAUAAAAUAAUGUAAAUUAUGUUCAGAGCAAAAUCAAAACUGCUCCUGACUGAACACAGAGGUUCUUUUUAAUCCAGGACAGUCCGUAUAAUCUCAGAGCUGUUUGUUAAUUUACUGAACUAAAAAGGAGAUGUGUCUCUGUUAGUGGAGUUAAAUUCAGAAAUGACGCCGACAUAAAUCUAAAAACAUGUCAGUCUUUGUUGGUUUUUAAGAAAAUAGUUUGUAAAGAUAUUUGUGAAGUUUAUAAGUUUGAUUAAUUCUCUGUUGUUUUGGUUUCUUUGCUUUUCUGGAGGUCGGUAGAUUAAAAAGUCGACUUUUAUAAACGUUCUGUUUCUGCCUUUUCAGUCGAUAUUCAACAUGAUUCUUCAUUUAGUGAUUUAGUGUGAAAUGUCAGAAUUGUGUAGAAUAUUUGGUGUUGUCAUGACUGAGUAAACGACAACUAUGAGGUCAAAUAACACUAAAGGCCACACGGGGGCGCUACAGGCCGCACCAUCACCAUGGAAAACAAAAGCGACUUUAAUAAACUGUAAAUAUUGUCGGCUGUAAAACCCAUCGAUGGUGUGUCACGUUCAGUCCGAGCAGAAUCGUAUGUUGAGCACAUAUAUGAUGGAAACACACGUCUGACUCACCUGUGAAAACAUAAUUCACCUAAAAACAGUCCGUGUGCGUUUUAAUGUGACCUCACAGAGCGAACACGCCGCGUAAGUAACCGCCGCUGACCUCUUCUAAAUUUAAAGACGUUCAAAUGUCAGUUUUUUCAUGAAGUUACUGCUUAUUUUUUGUCGACAAAAUGACCGUUUAUAAAUCAGGAUAGUCUCUAUACAACUCCAAUAACAAUGUGGCAGCACCCACAGUGCCCCCCACAGGAGCAGGGCGUCAUUACAGCGGAUGAAAUCGAUUCCAGGAUUGUCUGAAUCAUUAAAAUAUUUUUUAAUGUCUUAAUGAAUCAGUAUUUCAGUCCGCCUUUGUGAUCAGGAUCCUUUGACCAAUCAGAGUCAAGUAUCAGACACAGUCAGGUCAUAACUAAGAGAGCCGGGCUGUAAAUUUGGAGGAUAAUUAAAGCUCCUGUGAUUUUUAACAAAUAUGGAGAUAAAACAACAUCCUGUUUCCUCGCUGACACCCUCCUCCUCCUCCUCUCAACAGUUACAGACGUUAAAAAUCACAUGAAGAUGGUCAGUGAUGUCACUCUGUGUUAAUAAAGGGAUCAAUACGUCUGAUUCAUAAACGUCCAAAAACUCCCUACUGGAGCUUUAAUCAUGUUUGUUUUGACUCUUAAACACGCCUCGUCUCAGAGCGCCGUUCUUAUAACCGUCAGCUCCGAGUUCACACGCCUGCCUGUAAACUGUCGUGUUUUUUUGAUGAUGUCAUUCUGGUGACGCGGCGGCAGAGAGUCGCUGAGUCAGGCUUUAGUCUGCGGUCUGAGUUCAGAUCCAAAAACACACACAGACACGCACACAACAUGUGUUUGAUGAGAUUAAGCAGACAUCCCAGAGCAAAUACGCACGCACACACACACACACACACACACACACACACACACACACACACACACACACACACACACACACACACACACACACACACACACACGUCUAAGUAAACAAACUGUCUUUGCUGUAACCCUGUUUUUCUAUCUCUGUGAGGACCAGUUUGACUAAAAGCUUUUAGAUGAUUUUAAAAUAAUUCAGUUAUUGUUUUUAAAUAAGAUCAAAAGUUUUAAGUUUUUUAAAUUUCUGUCUGUUUCUUUUUUUUUUUUUUUUUACAGCGGUAUAAUCUGCGUUUGUUCGUGGUUAAUUUGACUUUUAUGUUCUCAGUUUGUGUUUUUAAAUAAGAUCAAAAGUUUUAAGUUUUUUUUAUUAUUUCUGUCUUUUACGUGUUUUUUUUUUUUUACAGCGGUAUAAUCUGCGUUUGUUCGUGGUUAUUUUGACUUUUAUGUUCUCAGUUUGUGUUUUUUUUUUUAAUCUGUUUGAAAUCCAGUAAAACUUAAAAUAUAAAUUGAAAUGGACUUUAAAGACCCACAGUUUAUUUUUCUGUAUCAGGCUGUGAACUCGUUUAUUUCUGCUGUAAAGGUCGACAUGAUAACAUGGGGCUCUAUGGGGACUGACUCGUUUUAGGAGACAGCCUCUAGUGGACACCAGAGGAACUGCAGUUUUUGCACACUUUCCUCAUUUUUCCCACUGAAAAUUGCUCGUUAGAGUCACUCGCUCAUAAGUCAUGAUACAGCUGUUAUCUUGUUUACCGUAAUGUCAGGAUUAGGAGCACAGAACCAGAUAAAAAUGUGAUUUCGUGAUUUUCCGAUCCUCACAGCGUCUCUUUUCCGAUCCCCGUACGUAACCCCUGCUGAUCUGUCGGGUUUCUCUCCUCAGGUGAGGACAGCAGUCCAGAGAACCUCCUCCUCCACGGCCCGUUCUCCAGGAAACCCAAACGGAUCCGGACGGCGUUCUCGCCCUCGCAGCUGCUGCGUCUGGAGCGAGCCUUCGAGAAAAACCACUACGUGGUCGGCGCCGAGAGGAAGCAGCUGGCGAGCGGUUUGUGUCUGACUGAGACGCAGGUAAGCAUCGUGUGUCAGGGAGCGAGGCAUCAUGGGAAAACUGAGCAAAGCCGUUUUGUGUUUUAUAACGUUUAGUGGCGUUGACUCCUCUCUCGCUGCAGCUGCUCCUUCUUCGUUCUUCUUCUCUGUUUACUGACCGACUUUAAAAUCCUCGUAUCUGAACAUUUUAGUUAAACUACAGAGAGUCGAACCCCAAACCUCAGCCUCCUUCUCCUCCUUCUCCUCCUUCUCCUCGGUGUAUCUCAGGAUAAACUCCUCUCUGAUCUGUCAUCAGGCUGCGUCUCGGGUCGCUGGCGUUGAUCCGCCUCAGAGGAAUGAUGGAGGCGUGGGGGUUGUGGGUUAGUCAGCUCCUCGCCGCUCCCUCCGUCUUUUCUUCCUCGCAGUGAUUGACGGAGUUUGUCAUCAGGUUUCCACAGAGAUACGAGCGAGCCUGACGCUGCUGAUUCGUGAAUCAUCCCUGACGCAGACAGACAGGGAGGAAUCCACCAAUCAGGGAUCAGCUGUCUCUGAUGUCACGUGAUCAGGUCAUUUUAUAAAAUCCAGAGAAACAGACUCAAACUCGAGUCCACGACGAAGGAAACACUUCAGGGUCAAAAAUAAACAAGGACGAAAAGAGCACAGACUGCUAUGACCACAGGGGGGCGCCAACAUCGACAAAGUUCCUCACUGCAGCUUUAAUCUGGAUAAACUCACGACAUGUCCCUUUAUGGAUGGAUGAAUAAAUAAAUGAAUGAACAAAGAUGGAUGUUUUUAAAAAGUAAUAAAAGUCUGUUUUUAAGUUUUUUAAUCAUUAUUUUUUUAACUCUUUGGGGGCCUUAAAAAAAAAGUUACAUUAAGGUCCUCAGAGGGACAUUUUCGUCCCUCUAAAGACCUUAACGUAACUUUAAAAAAAAGACAAUUCAUAAAAAAUAACAAUGCAUCAAAUUUAGUAUUGUUAUUUUUUUUGACAUAUUACAGACCUUGAUAAAAAAAAAACGGAGAAGUUCCUGCCCAACAUCUAUUAUUAUAAUAAUUUAACAGUGACGUCAUGUAAUCAAACGGACAUUUAAAGGGUUAAAACUCUGAAAAUGAAUAAAUAUUUGAUAGAAAUGAUCAGGAAUGAAGUUGAUUAACAGAUAUAAGCCAAAAAAAAAAAGUUGAAAAAAUAUGAAUGUAUCAUAUUUUAGAGCAGAUUUAAGAGAUGGACGUGUUUUUAUCACACAGUGAAUAUGGACCUGAUAUAAUGAUGGUUGAUCACGUUUUAAAAUUUGGAAAGAAAAAAAAAACCCUGAAAAAAAAAUCAUCUCAUUUGCAUUAAAACAGCCAAAAUGAUCAACAAACGAAAGUAAAAAGUCGACAAAAAUGGACAAAAAUGUCCCCGGAAGGUUAAAGCUCCUGUGAGGAACUUCUUGUUUUGUGUCAACUUUGGCGCCCCCCUUGGGACAGUUUUCUCAGACAGAAGAAACUCCUUUUUUUUCCCCCGAACGUCUUCAGAUAAAAUCAGAUUAUUUAAAGCUCAGUCAGUGACUCUGAGCAGGUCGGUUUUCGUCCCUCAGCCUCCUCGGAGAUGUUGAUGACGGUGACAGAUCAUCAGUGUCUGGUGUCAUAAUUACACCGCGGCCCGUCACGCAGAGACGCUGUGAUAUUAAAGUGUCUCCUGAGGCCGUUGGCAGCUCUGAGCGCUCUCCGCCUCAGAGUCGAUCCGGAUCUUUGAUUUAUUGUCGUUUCGCUCUGACAGAUUGAGCAACAUGAUCUCUUAGUCAGCUGGCUUUGUUCGACUCCUGCAGACAGGCGGACGUGUUUCAACAGUCCUGCAUGUCACAGUCAUGUUUUACCAGCAAACACACGUUAAAUCAUCGCGCAGCUCUCACACAUUUACGAUCAUUACUGUCAGAAACAGAAGCAGGCGGCAGAAGGAGCUCUUUGGCUCCCUAAAGGUUUCCAAACUGAGCUGCUAACAACUCUAAAUCACAGAAAGAAUGUUCAUGUUUGUUUUAAAGCUUCACCGGCUCCGUUCUUAGAAAUGAUCCAGAACAUUCUUCACUCUGCAGCAGUAAAACAGGCUCUAAUGAAAUCAGUCAAACUGUACUUACUGAAAACUUUAACAACGUUACAGAACAGAUCCUGGAAAAACAGAGAAAUAACCCUGAAUUAAUGCAGACUCAGCUGCUCCUUCAGGACCCACCAGACCCCAUUAAGAAAACCUGCGAUUUAGUCCUCACAGUAAAGCUGAUCUGCUGCGGUUCUGUUUCCUUGUUUGUGUUGUUGUGUUGAGUUGGUUCAGAGUUAAAACCCUAAAAACACACAAACGUCACACCAACAACAAAAAAGAGAAACCGGCUGAGGCAGUUUUAGACCGGCACCUUAUAUUUUCUGCUGAGUUAAAAUGACAGUUUUUGUCAAUGAGGUUUGGUGUUGACUGUAACUCAACGUCUGUUUGUGGUCGGAAAUAUACAGAAAGGCAGAUUUAAGACGACUCUGGUUUGUUUCUACUCUGUUUUAUUCAGUUUGAACAUCGUCCACAAAAGACGCCAACAGUCAAGUCAUUUUUAUUUUUAUAGUUAUUGUCAAAUAUCGUGCUGGAUUUAUUAGGAUUCAUGAAUUAAAGUGUAUUUUUCAGUAUGUUUUACAGUCUAGUCUGGCUUGAAUAUUAUUUUUACAUAGAAAUUGAAGGUUGAAACUCACUUUUUUAAACAGAUUUAUAUACAGUUACACUUCCUGUGUCACUAACUGAAAAAAUCCUGUUUUUGUCAGUGAAGUCUGGUGAGUUUUAAAGGAGCAGUGCAACAACUUUUCCCAGUUUCAAAUAAAAACCUUAUAAACUUUUAGAUAACUGAAGACGGGAUUACUUGUCUACCAAUGUGUGAAAAAUCAAAGAUUUCUAUUGGGUUAUUUUUUCAUGUGAAAUCUGAAAUUAGAGAAAACACAAUAUGUCGAGGGUAGAUCACCAACUCCUGCUGUUUUCCGGUGCAAUGACUCGUCAGCGGGGUCUGGUAGUUCUGCCAAAUCCCUGACAGACGAAAUAAGGAGUUGCUGGUCUACCCCUGUCUGUUUUCUUGUUUCACAGAUAUCGUGUAUACAUAGAUAGUGCAAACUAACUUAUAAAACUGACAUUCGCACAAACACACAGAAAAAUACCACAGCUGGAGGUGGGGGUGGAUCAGAAACUCCCGUUUUCUUUGGAGUAAAAUGACUGAAGACAGGAGGCUUUAAAGGAGAACUGCAGCAGCUGUUUUAGGUUCAGACAGAGAGACUGAAAAGACGUUAUUUUCCCUCACAGGAAACAGUUUGUUCGGAGUCUUAACCUCACAUCUAAAAAGUCAGAAUAGAAACAAAGAGCCUUAAGUCCUGAACUGUAAAAGCUUUUUGUUUGCAGCAUAAGGCCUUGAAAGUCCUUGGAUUACUCUGAUGGUUGCUGGUCUACCUUUUGGUUGUUUUUUAAUUUUUAAGAACGCCGCGGAGGUCGAGCAGCGUCUCCUGAGUUCUUUCAGGUGAAAUUUCUGUGUUUGUGAAUCGAGUGUCGUGACUUUAAAGCAGGAAUGAAGCAGCUGUCAGUGAACGUCGGGAUCCUAUAUCAGUGCGCUAAAACCAAACUUCAGCUCCGCCCCUUUAAGACGGAGGAAAAACAGCAGAAUGACCCUUUAAUUCCAGAUUAAACUCCAGUAUGAAAAAAUCGUUUGCUUGUCUGAAACAUCUCCUCAUACAUCUGUACCUCUGUGUGUUUGUGUGUGUGUGUGUGUGUGUGUGUGUGUGUUUCAGGUGAAGGUGUGGUUUCAGAACCGCCGGACGAAACACAAACGCCAGAAGUUGGAGGAGGAGUCUCCUGAAGCUCAGCAGAAGAGGAAGGGCAGCCAACACGUGAACCGCUGGAGAGCCGCCACUCAGCAGCCGGGCGGCGAGGACGUGGACGUCAUCAGCGACGACUAGACUGAACACACACACACACAUGCACAUGUACACACACACACACACACACACACACCUGCUGCAUCAGUCAGUGCCAAAUAUCCAACAUGGUCUCCAAAGGUGCGGACAGACGUCUUAUUUAUGUUUCAGAGAGAGGAGCAGGACUUCACCUAAACGGACAAAACCAGCCUGUCAAACCCUCCGAGACCAACUUUACCGCCUGUUUGAUUCUCUGUUCCCCGACACUCUAAAACACAGACCUUCACCUGUCCCUGAAGGCAUCACGCUCAUGCAAACAUCAGGAGGUCGAAUCUCCUGAGAGACAAAAACUCCUAUCAGCCGCCGAAGAAGAAGAAGAAGAAGAAGAGGAGGAGGAGGAGGAGGAGGAGGAGGAGGAGGUUUUCAAGACUGGAGCGGCGAGAUCUGAAGCUUCAGAGAGGCAUUAAAAAAAAAAACCACAGAGUCCAAACGCGGUCACAGCUGCUGACUGAACACUCGACGGUGGAUUUUGGUGCCAAACGAAGCCAGCGUCUUAAAAUAAGAGACGGUUAAAGUGAGAAAGCUGCUCUGCUGAAGGUUUCUGAGCGUCUGUCUGCAACAGACGGCCGCCGCUUCACAGGAAAUCUGCUCCACGUGUCUGAGAGGGGAGAAGAAGGUUCCUGCAGCAGGAGGAGGAGGAGGAGAAACGAGGAGAUGUAUAAUUAUCUCUGCUCAAAGUUUUCUUGUUUUUCAAACCCCUCCAAACUCUGAGGAGACUCCUGAUGUUCUUCACAUUUCAGACCCUGACACAGGAAACAGCCCCGUCACACCAGUUCAGUCGACAGAGAACCAGUAAAACCAGCGGCACUUAAAUCAGAAACAAGUGAUUAAAGGAUGAGACCAACUUUAGUCCAGUUUAAAGUUUUCCUCCAUCUUUGCAGCGACAUAAACUCAGUUUUUCAGGAGGAGCUUUAAAAACCUCUCUGUCAGCAUGGUCAGGUGACAUCAGAGAUCAUAUUUCUCCAGAAUGAACACAUGAAUCCUCACAGAUGACCCUCAUUUUUGUGGAUUUUACAGCUGCGGUUUUUUCACACACUGACUCUGUUCUUUAAUCACCUUUGAAAAUAAAUUCCUGUCAGCGACUCGAGGUCAGGAUCGAUCUCUCUGCUCUUAAAAACAAACCCGAUCAAUCCCCGAUAUAAAACUUCUCUGUCUUAGUCUACGUUCACUCUGCAGGUUCUGAUGCACAAUUCGGAUUUUUAGUUAAAUCCGAUCUUUCUGUGCGGUCGUUCACGUUACAACAACGAAUGCUGCGUCUAAUGUAAAGUGACCCUCAUGCGCUCAAAGCACAAAUAUCUUUCCAUGCCUGUUUGUGUCGAACAACGGUGACGUUUGUCGCAUAUUGAUGAACUCGACCUGAGCGUCCACACUGCAGUCACAUCAGAUACAUAUCAGAUUUAUAUCCACAUACAGAAGAGGCCUGGGUCGGAUCAGAACCAAUCAGAACUGACCUGUUCACACUUAGAUGAAAACAUCAGAUAUGAGUCACAGAUGGUUAAAACAUCAGAACUGACCUGCAGUCUGAACGUAGUUUUAGUCCUCCUAUCACAGAAACUCUAAAGUUCACUUUCAAAAAUCGCUCAGAUGAACAUUUUUUACUUCACGAUCUCUUCAGAUUUUGACCGACUGAUGCCUCUAUCUGGUUCUUGUAAAGCAUUCUGGGAAAUGUAGUCAUGUAAAGGUUGACCUCCUGAAAUGUGCUGAACAUCAUCAGGAGGAGGAGAAAAACAUCACUGAGCUGGUUUUUAAAGGAGGGUCUUUUAUUGUGAAAAUCCUCGUUUCCUGUUGGGGGAACCUCUCUCACCUUCAGCAGGUUCUGAUCCGCCUCCUCCGGUCUGGUCUGGUCAGGUGUUCGGGCUGAUCUCAGAGCAGUUUUUGGACUUUUUAUUCAGCUGGUAGUUUUUUUGUUUUGUUUGUUUUUGUUCGUUUUUGAAAGGAGAGUAGGUAUUUAUGUAAAAAAGGAUCUGAAAGUAUUCUAUGCAUCUGCGUGUAAAUAACGAGGAUAAUAAUAAUAAUAAUAACGACGACGACGAUGAUGAUGAUGAUGAUGAUGAUGUGUGGACUGUUUCAUUGUUUGUUUGUUUGUUUGUUUGUUUCUUUCACCUGUUUGUUUCUACUUCCUGACAGAUUUACCUCAUCCUCCUCUUAUGUAGCACUUCUUCUUCUUCUUCCUCUUCUUUCUUCUCCUCCUUUUCUCUCCUCCUCUUCCUCCUCCUUCUCUUCUCUUCUUCUUCUUCUUCUUAGUCAGAUCUAUUUUUUCAUCGUUUUAGGAUCGAAUGCACUAACUGUACGAAGAUUUGUACUUCCUGUGUUCAGGUUUGGAAAAAUAUCAAUAAAAAGAAAACGAGGAAUAAA